AUGAGCCGCAAUUAUAACAACCUGAAAAAAAUAAAGUCUCUGUGUUAUUUAACGUUAGGUGGGUCCCUUUCGUACCAAUUUAUUUAUUUUAAGAAAGAUUUCAAUGGGUAUUAUGAUAAUGUAUUGAAACCUUUGAGCCAACGUCUCGACCCUGAACUGGCCCAUAAAAUUGGAGUAUCUGCUAUCAAAUACGGUUUAUUCCCUACAGAAAAUUUUGAGGACCCCAAAAUACUGAAAACUAAAUUAUUAAAGUAUGAUUUGAGCAACCCAAUAGGAAUAGCAGCAGGUUUCGACAAACACGGUGAUGCUGUGACAGGAUUGAGGAAUAUUGGUUUCUCGAUUAUUGAAAUAGGUUCAGUGACCCCUGAACCGCAACCCGGUAACCCAAAACCCAGAGUAUUCAGAUUACCAGAAGACUCUGCGGUUAUAAACAGAUAUGGAUUCAACAGUGAGGGCCGCGACGAAGUGUAUAAGAAAAUAGAAAAUAUUGACAAAUCAGUGAUUGAGGGCGGCAUACUUGGUAUUAAUUUGGGUAAAAAUAAAAAUUCUGACGAUGCCAUCCAAGAUUACAGUUUAGGAAUACAGAAGUUCCAUGAUGUAGCCGAUUACUUUGUUAUUAAUGUUAGCAGCCCAAACACACCAGGAUUAAGAUCGUUACAAAAUAAACAAGAAUUAUCAGAACUUUUGGCGGGAAUUAAUAAGACAUUAAACAAUCUAUCUGGAAAAAGGCCACCUCUGCUAUUGAAACUCGCACCAGACCUAUCAUUAGAUGAAAUGAAAGAUGUUGUUUCGGUUAUAUCAAAAAAAGAUACAAAAGUUGAUGGUCUAAUAAUUUCGAAUACAACUAUUGACAGAUCCUCGCUCAUAAAUCAGGAGCAUUCAAACGAAGCUGGUGGCCUUAGCGGGAAACCGUUGACAAAUAAAUCUACAGAAAUGAUUAAGACUAUGUAUAAGUUGACAAAAGGUAACAUACCAAUAAUAGGAGUGGGGGGUGUUUUCACUGGACAGGAUGCCUACGAAAAAAUACUAGCCGGUGCCAGCGUAGUGCAAAUAUACACAGCUUUAAUAUACCACGGACCUCAAGUAGUAACUAAAAUAAAAUCUGAACUAGCAGAACUUCUCAUUAAAGAUGGCUACACCAAUGUCAGUAUGGCAGUCGGAAAAGGUGUCAAAUAG